AUGCAGGCAAAGCAGACUAGCACAAUACGCCAGCUUCGGGGUGAUGUGGGGGCAUGGAGUUUAGAUGACACAUGCUCAGAUGCUGUCCCCAAGCCAGCAUCACAUUGCCCACCCAACCACAUGGUGGGCAUCAUUGUGGCGCUCCAGUGGAAAAGCCAGCUUUUUGCCAGCACAAAAACGAGUAGCUUUCCUCCACUUCUUUUUGUGCCGAAUUCCAUCCGCCACAAUCUGUCCCUACACACCCGCUUCAUCCGUGUGCAAAAUGAAGGCACCGGCAAGAGUUCCUGGUGGAUGCUGAACCCUGAGGGUGGGAAAACUGGAAAGACACCACGUCGGCGGGCUGUCUCCAUGGACAACAACAGCAAGUUCUUGCGGAUCAAGGGAAAAGCCAGCAAGAAAAAACAGCUCCAAGCUUCUCAGGAGCGGGGGGAGGAGAGCCCAGCUGGGCAGCAGGCUAAGUGGUCUGGGAGCCCCACCUCCCACACGAGCGAGGAGUACGAUGCUUGGGCCGACUUCCGGACACGGGCCAAUUCCUCAGCCAGCACCCUGAGUGGCCGCCUUUCCCCCAUUAUGGCCAAUCACGAACCAGAUGAGCUGGAAGAGGAUGAUGGGACCCCGUCUUCCCCUUUGAUGUACCCAAGCCCAUCCAGCACCAUGUCUCCCUCUCUGAAUACUCGCUGCUCUGUUGAGAUGCCCAGGCUAACUGACCUCACUGGCACCAUCAACCUAAAUGAGAGCCUAGGUGAGAGCCUCCUGGAUGAUUUGCAGGACAACUAUAGUAUGAGUCCUGGGCAGCCGCUUCCUGCAGGGCCUCUCCGACAGAGGAAUCCCAGCUUCAGCUACAACUCUAAGUGCUCUGCUGUGGGCGUAGGAGGAGGGGGAGGAGGCAAUGGUGGUGGUGGUGUUGGAAGCAGCACCUAUUGUGGGACCAUCUACAGCCAGCCAGCCAUGAGCCUCAUGCGCCGUUUGCCAAUGCAGACCAUUCAGGAGAACAAGCAGGCCACUUUUGCUCCCAUGAACUCUUACCGCAACACAUCAUUGCAGGACCUGCUCUCCUCAAUUUCCUAUACACAUAAAGAGAGUGACCCACACAUGUCACAGCCCAACAGCAUGGGGCCACCACCCCGCAGCCACAGACAAAAUGCCCUUGUGUGCAGUGGUGGUGGUGGUGAAAUCGGCCUGGUUCCCUACACUCCCCAUUCAUCUUCCCUUAUGAAGAGCAGCACAUUGUAUCAUCCAUCGCCAGCCAACCACCACCCUCCUAUCAACAACAGUGCCUUACCCACUCCUAUCAGCCUUAUGAGCCUGCCCAGUGACACUUGCAGCAUGGUGACCAUGCCCCAUCAUGGGCACAUCCAUUCCUACAUUAACAACCAGGGGGCACACAUGAGUUUGUUAGAUUCUUUGCAGGGACCCUACCCAGAAGCCAUGCACACCCCUGUUUUGGGCCAGGAGAGAUUCCCAGCAGACUUAGACUUGGACAUGUUCAAUGGUAGCUUGGAGUGCGAUGUGGAGUCCAUCAUCCUGAAUGACUUCAUGGACAGCGAUGAGAUGGACUUCAACUUUGACUCUGCUCUUCCGCCACAAAAUGGUCUCAACAUGGCCACUUUGCCCAAUGCCCCGCAGCCCAACAAUCAGAGCUGGGUGCCUGGGUGAGCCUGACUAAGACAACUGGAAUCCACCAGUUGGCAGGGUUGUAGGAGGGUCCAAAUGCCUCUCCCUUCCACUGCCUUUCUUGUUUUCUUUGCCUUCAUUUGUUCCGCCAGGCUAGAGCCAUCUGUUUAAACUUGACAAUGACACACACACAGACACAGACACAGACACACACAUUGUAGGGUAAAAUGCUUUGACAGGGACCAGCGGCUUCCCGCUUGUGCCAGGUGUAUUGUGCAGUAAGUUGGAUCUGUCUUUGAUGUGUGCAAUAGGCACAAGUUAGCC